GCAGGCUUUAAGUUUGGUUUGCAUUCAGUGUGGGGUUUGGAUAAAGAAUUUGCACUGCUUUGACAUAGCUAAGGAGAUAUAGCUCCACAGGGUUUGGCACCCCAUUUAACAUUGAUGUGAAAAGACCUCAGAUUUUCCGCGGCCCACAGGAGGCCCAGUUUGGCUACAAAGUCCUCCAGUACACAGCUCAGGGAAAGAAGUGGAUGCUGGUGGGAGCGCCUUGGGACGGGACAGCGGAUGACCGAAAAGGUGACGUUUACAAGUGCAUUGUGGGAGAGAAAAAUAAUUCCACAUGCGCCAAAGUCAACAUUGGUGACGUGGCCCUUCGGAACAACUCCAGGCAAAUCAAAAACAUGCAUUUUGGAAUGACACUUGUGGCCAACAAAGACGACGGGUUUGUGGUGUGUGCUCCUCUGUGGUCCCAGGAAUGUGGGACGUCCAUGUUUAGCACCGGGAUUUGUACCAGCGUGGAUGAGAACUUCCGCCUGACAGAAAACAUCGCCCCAACAGCUCAGAGAUGUUCGACUUACAUGGACAUCAUAAUUGUCCUUGAUGGAUCCAACAGCAUUUAUCCUUGGUACGAGGUGCAGAACUUUCUUAGCAACAUCCUUAGCAAGUUUUUCAUCGAUCCAGAGCAGAUCCAAGUUGGGGUCUUGCAGUACAGUGAGGUCGCAGUCCAUGAAUGGACUCUGAAGGAUUACCAAACAGCGGAAGAGGUCAUUGAAGCAGCCAAAAACAUUAGCCGCCAGGAGGGGCUCGAAACUCGGACUGCUUCCGCAAUCCACAAGGCCUGCACAGAGGCCUUCAGCCCAGAAAGAGGUGGGAGGGAGGGGGCCACCAAACUGAUGAUUGUGGUAACCGAUGGGGAGUCUCAUGAUGGCGAAGAACUCCCCGAGGCCCUGGAAGAGUGUGAGAAAUGGAACGUGACACGCUACGCCAUUGCGGUGUUGGGACACUACAUUCGGCGGCAGAAAGAUCCAGACUCUUUCAUCAAUGAGAUUAAAUACAUUGCCAGCGACCCUGACGAGAAGUAUUUCUUCAAUGUGACUGAUGAGGCAGCCCUAAACGAUAUUGUGGAUGCUUUGGGGGACAGGAUAUUUAGCCUUGAAGGGACCCGUGAAUAUAGCUCUUUUGAGCUGGAGAUGUCUCAGAUCGGCUUCUCCACACACCUCCUCGAGGAUGGAAUCCUCUUUGGCAUGGUUGGUGCAUACGACUGGGAUGGCGCAGUGCUGAAAGAGAGCAGGAGUGGACGGAUCAUCCCGCCAAGGGAAGCCUUUGAGAGGGAGUUCCCCCUGAAGCUAAAAAACCAUGCAGCCUAUCUCGGGUACACGGUCUCCUCUGUCAAACUGAGGAGUGGGAAGGGGCUGUACGUGGCUGGUGCCCCCCGCUUCAAGCACAAGGGAAAAGUGAUCCUGUUUGAGAUGAGCAGCAAUGGCAGCGUUACAAUCUCCCAGGCCCUCACUGGGGACCAAAUUGGCUCCUACUUUGGCAGUGAAGUGUGCCCCGUGGAUGUGAACGGGGAUGGAAUCACGGACGUGCUGCUGGUGGCUGCACCCAUGUACCUGGGCCCCCAGAACAAAGAGACAGGUCGCGUUUCCAUCUACAGAGUGGGGCAGUUGCUCCUAUCUUUCAAUGGGACCCUCCAUGCCGACCCGAAACCUCAAGAUGCUCGUUUUGGCUACUCCCUCCUGGCUGUUCCUGACCUUAAUCACGACAGCUUUAAUGAUGUGGUGGUGGGCGCACCAUUGGAGGAUAACCACCAGGGGGCUGUCUAUGUGUUUCAUGGCUACCGGACCACUGUCUUGCCGCGCUUCAAACAGCGAAUAGAAUCGGCAGGGCUCCACCAAGGUCUCCGCUACUUUGGCCGCAGCUUGGAUGGGCAAAUCGAUUUGGAUGGGGACGGUCUGGUGGAUCUUGCUGUCGGAGCUCAGGGCGCUGCGGUGGUCUUGAGGUCAAGGAGGAUCAUGCAGGUCAACACUUCGAUUUCUGCCAAUCCUCCAUCCAUCAAUGUGAUCCAGAAGAACUGUCAGAGGAAUGGAAAGGAGUCUGUUUGCGUGACAGCAAACGUCUGCUUCAGGGUGUCUUCCCGCUCCCUGGGCCCGAGGGACAGCCACUUCAAUAUAAAGUACAACAUCUCCCUGGAUGACAGGAAGUUCGGCACAAGGGCAGUCUUUGAUGGCAACUCCCAAAAGCUGCUUCAGAAGAGGACUCGAGCCACCGUGGGCAGGACAACGUGCUCAGCAGCCCGUUUCCACGUGAUUGACACCUCGGAUUACAUGAGGCCUGUCACAGUCAUGGUGAAGUUUGCACUGAAUGAUGACGAGCCAGGCCCUGUGCUGGAUGAGAAAUCACCCACCAGUGUUAAAAAACUGAUCCCCUUCUUCAAGGAUUGUGGCGAUGACAACAAGUGUAUAACAGAUCUGGUGCUGCAAGCUCGGAUGGAUAUCACUGGAUCCAGGCAGAAGCCUCACGUGAUCCGCAAAGGGAAGCGGAAAGUCUUGGUGGAUGUUCUUCUGGAGAACAAGCAGGAGAACGCCUACAACACCAGCCUACGGCUCUGGUUUUCCAGAAACCUCCACUUCUCCAGCCUCGUGCCUAAGGGGGAGAACCCAGUGAAGGUGGAAUGCACUGCCCCAUCUGCUCAGGCCCGAACGUGCAGCGUGGGCUACCCUGUCUUCAGGUCCUUGGCAAAGGUAGCCUUUGUCCUUGAGUUUGAAUUCAGCUGCUCCUCCCUAUUGAACAAAGCACAGGUGAAGCUCACAGCCAGCAGCGACAGCCAUGAACUGAACGAGACGCUGGCUGACAACGCUGUGCAACCCGUUGCCCACGUCCGUUAUGAGCCUGACCUUUUCCUGACCAGUGAGUCCACCCUGAACCGCUACGAAGUGCAUCCUGUUGGUACGUUUCCAGAUGGUAUGAGCCCUGAGUUCAGGACUACUGUCAAGGUGCAAAACCUUGGCUGCUAUGUAGUGGGGAAUCUCUCCCUCAUCAUGGAUCUGCCUGCCACAGCCUAUCAGAACAGUGAAUUCCUCUCGGUCACACGCAUCCUUGCAGAUAAUGUGACCUGCACCUUGCAGAAUCUGACAGAGACAGCCCAAAGAGCAACUGGUGGUGUGAUCCCUGUUCAUCCGCAAGAACUUGAGCACAUAGAGCAACUGAACUGCACCAAUACCGGAUGCCACGUUGUGAAGUGUGAGCUGCUGCGCAUAGAGAGGAAUGCGGAAGUCUCCGUCUCCUUGCUGAGAGCGGUUCACAACGAGUUUUUCAGGAGGGCUAAAUUUAAGAUUGUGAAGGUGGUGAGCAGGUUCAUGCUGACCACUCAAGAAGAGGACAGCAUCCUUCUCCUGCCAAAGGCGGCGCAUCAGCGGGAGAUUGUCUUGGAGAUUAUCCAGUCCAAACUGGUCCCUCUUUCCCUCUGGAUCUUGAUUGGCAGCAUCCUUGGGGGACUCCUGCUGUUGGCUCUGAUUAUCAUCUUUUUAUGGAGGCUUGGAUUUUUUACACACAAAAAGCCUGGAGAAGAAGAGAAAGAGCAGCAAUGAAAGACGGGCCUCUUCGGGUGGGAGAAAUGAGCUCUGGGAGAAAAUCCAGGCCCUCGUAGCCGUCUGCUUCUGACUCCUUCUAAAAAUCAAGGGAAGAUCCAGCAGUUCUCACAUCAUUCUUUUGCUUUGAGGAAGCUGGAAAAUGGAGCCACUAUUAAACACACACACACUUUUUCUCUCUCCGAGUACCAGAGCUGGUCUUCUGACUGUACAGGGCGAACAUCCGAUUUUGCCUGCAACAUUUUGGGGAUGGGAAAAAAGGAGAGGGGGCAGACAAGCUCGAUUGCAACCCUUCAAGAAAACAGACAAGGAUAUGGAUUUCACAAAGGGUGCCUUCCCCAGCUAAGAAUGUCUAAGUGACCAUCCUUUCGCACAUACGGAGCAUCUCUUUUCCAGAUACCUUCUACAUGGUUUCAGUCAGUCCUGACGAAUGCAACAGCUUGUCUCCACACAGGGUAGCGCCUCUCUCCAGCCUACACCCCACUGUACGGAAAACUUUGUUGCAUGGAACCAAAAUUAAUUUCACAUAGCUCCUGCACUGCACACUGCCAUUUGGGCAGCGGGGGAGGGCGCUGCAGUCACUCUAAUCCUACAGCUCCGUGAGAUGAGCCUCAUCUGUCUGCCCUUGGUCCCUGAUCAACGCAGCCUCAAUCACAUGGAAUUACAAAAGCGUAAGGCCCUUUGCCUUGGCUGCUGUGUCCACCACCAGGAAACCAGACAGUGUCAGGGGGAUGGCUAAUGCCUCUUGCCUGCCUGCCAGGAUGGAGGAUAGCAAGGGGUGUGCAGAUACGUGGAGAAACUAGCCUACUGUACAAAGGCAAAAUUUGCAUUUGUUGCUCUGAUUCUGGCCCUGCCCACCACUAGACGCAGGCCCCAGAAGGCUGCCCUGAAGGAAAUGGGACUCUUGGGCUGAAAACGUGUCCCUACCCCCUCCUUGACUGUUUGCAGCUAGAGGGUUAUAAGCGUCCUUUUUUCUAUCCCACAAAUUGCCACACUGCAUUCUCCAGGCCGCAAAUGGGAGGGUGAGAUGGAAGGCUGGGUAUAAAUGUAAUAAAUAAAUAAAUAAUAAAUGUCACGGAAAGCUAUCGACCUCCUGAGCAACAAUUGCAAUGAAAGGUGGUAGCAGUCAGACAAAUGAUGUCGAAGUGCGUGUUUCAACAGAAUCAUAGAAUAGUAGAGUUGGAGGGGGCCUAUAAGGCCAUCAAGUCCAGCCCCCUGCUCAAGGCAGGAAUCCAAAUCAAAGUAUAAAAUCAUUUUGCUCCCUCCAGCUCUUCUUUUCAGACUUGUUUCCACAUGAAGAAUGUAAGAAUUUGCUUGGCAAACCCCAGCAAACGUUUGUCUCACCAGAUGCCCAAAGUGAAGGUCACAAAGAGAGCAUGAAGGCAACUGGUCACCUUCUUAGGCCAAAAGAUCUGAUCUUCAGGAUACACUGCCCCUGCAAAGGGAAGCAUCAUAACAAACAGCACUGGAUAUAUUUUGUUCUCCAUGUGAUUAGGGAAAGGGACAGCCUUGUAUAUAAAUAUGUAAGUUGUCGCUUAACAGAAUGGAGAAAAGGUCCACUGGGUGGGAGAAGGGGGGGGAA